GUGGGGCAGCAGCACCGGGGCUGUGUGCAGUGUGUGCAUGCUGCAGGUGGGGCUCAGCCUGCCCUGUGCCCCCGAAGGGGCGGCCAGAGCCUUCCCUGCACAGCUGGAUGGGAACGCUGGGGACGGUGAUGGCACCAGCACUGCACAAGUGGUGCUCAGCUCCUCUCCCGUCACCGUCGUGGUCACACCGGAGGAUGACACGUGGCACAUCAGCGGCUCCUGUGCGGGCGGUGGGCCAUUCGUGGACUGGGACCAGACGCCAGAGGUGGAGCAGCAGGCAGAUCCCCCCGAUGACACGCUCAGCCGGCCUCCCAAGGAGCUGAAGAAGCUGGCGAGGGAGGGCUGCUGGGCUGCCAGCCGCACGCUGAGGGCUGCAGCUUACCGGCACCUGUGCCAGCGCGUCGCCUGCCGCCUCGUCACACCCGAUGCCCUGGUGUAUGGGGACGUGGCUGCACGGCUCUUCGGAAAGCACGGCGCCAGCUCCCACCCGCUGCCCGACUUCCUGGCAGGCUGCUCCCUGCCCACGUACUGCCUCAACAUGGACGGGGUCACGGCGCUGAAGAAGAUCCUCAUCUGCGUUGGCAACCUGUUCCCUGACAUCACCUACAGCCCGGCGCUGCCCUCGUUGGUUGCUUUGCUGCUGCACUACAGUGAGGAUGAGGCUCAGUGCUUCGAGAACAUCUCCCGCCUCAUCGCCAGCAAUGCCCCCCACACCAGCUACAUCGACCAGUCCUUCCUGGCUCAUCAGGCCUCCUGCAUGACGUUUGGGGACCUGGCCAACAAGCACUGCCCGGCAGCACACAAGCUGAUAGCCAGCACGUCUGAGAACGUCUUUGAGGUGUACUCUGAGUGGCUGUCGUGGCUCUUCCGCGACCUCCCCUUCAGCUACGCCAUCCGCGUGUUUGAUGUCUUCCUGCUGGAGGGGCAGAAGGUGCUGUACCGCAUCGCCCUGGCCCUGCUGAAGCAGUACCGGCUGUCGGUGAGCUCUGCCGAGCAGGAGGGGACUGACACCAAGGCAGAACUGCAGGUCUUUGUGCAGAACAUUGCCCAGCACGUCACUGUUGACAAACUCCUGGAGAGAGCGUUUGGCAUCCGGCUGUUCUCCCGCAAGGAAAUCUGGCUGCUGCAAAUGGCCAACAGGAAGGCACUGAUGGAGAGGGGCAUCACCAUGGUGCAGGGCAGGCAGUCCUUCCACCUGGCCGUGGACAUGCAGAGCUUCAGCUCCAGCAUUGUAUCAGCUCAGGAGAUGCGCAUCAUCUGGUCCUGGAUCCCCGAGCGCUUCUCCCUCUUCCCCCCACUGCUGCUCUUCUCCACCUCAGAAGAUGGGUGCAGCCUGCAGAGGUUUUACUCGUGCUGUGAAGGUUACGAACCGACGGUGCUGCUCCUAAAAACAAUGGAGGGGGAGGUGUGUGGGGCGUUCCUCUCCUCUGAUUGGAGUGAAAGGAAGAAGAACGGGCUGACAUCAGGCUUUUUUGGGACAGGGGAAUGCUUCGUGUUCACUGUGCGCCCGGAGAUGGAGAGGUACGAGUGGGUGUUGAUCAAGAAGCCAGAGCUGGCCAAAGCCAUGCCACGCUCGCGCCAGCGCUCACCAUCACCCGUUCCCACACCUCCGCUCAGCUCCUCCCCAGACAGCCGCAGUGCCAGCCCCAACCUCCUCACCGUGCCUGCACCGCAGAGGAAGGGCCGCCUGUCCCCGUUCCUGGCUAUCAGGCAUUUCCUCCUGCCUUCCAAAACAGCCUCCAUGUUCAUGUCCGGCUCUCGGGAAGGGAUCGUUAUCGGUGGAGGGGGAGGCCAAGCACUGUCCCUCGAUGCCAACCUGCUCUGGGGACGCACGGAACCCUGCGAGACCUUUGACAACCCUCCGCUCUGCCAGGAGAACUUCAAGGUGCAGCUGCUGGAGGUGUGGGGCUUCCAAAAUACUUAGGUCCCAUGGGGUCAGCUCCUCACUGUGCUGCUCACCAAGGCAAGAACAACACGGCACCAGUCACGGCUCCAGCAUGACUGCUACGAUCCCUGCCAGCAGCUCUGUGUGCCUCUGCUCGCCGUGCUCCUCUCCACUGUCACCGGCCAUGGUUGCAUGAGGGCCAUGAGUGUCAGGAAGGAGACUCCUCCCACAGCUCAGACACAGCUCCACCUGCUCUGCUCCCAUUCAGGAUGCUAGAGGGGAGGCAGGUUGCUGUUUUCUAUGCUUCCCGGGUCUGUUUGUGGCCAGCAAAGCAGCCACACCACAGCACAGGCAGCCUGGGGUGGGAAUCUUGAGCCUAGACAAAAUCCAGCACCAAGGUACAAAGUUCACCAUAAGAGCUUUCCACACCUCAAUUCUCACCCCAAGCCCAAGUGCCCCCUUCAACCACGUGUGGGUCCUGCAGCCCCCGAGGUUACCAGGACUCACCUGGGCCAGGCACCAAUCCCCAUCCAUCAUGCUGCAAAGGACUUCUUGUUUGUUCUUGUUCCAACCUGUUGAUUGGAAAGCAGCAAGGCACUGCCUGGCAUUUAUACCUCUGCAGCCCACGCAGCCUUCUCAUUUUCGUGUUGCCAUAAUGACAGCAAAGAGCUGUAAAAUUGUAUGCUGUUAAUACACGAGCCUUAAUGAGCAUUUCCUGA